AUGGCUCGGAUGGAAGAAGGUGUAACGAAGGCCGCUGCCAAAUAUACUGAAGGCUACGAGGCUCUCGUUCACCUCAAAGGCAAACGUUACGCUCCCGAGUUUCAAAAAUUGGACAAGGCCCAUUUGAACACUCGUAUCGAAAUCGAGAGUGACGAAGAUGCAGCAAGAAGCUUACGAACAGCAGACGGAUCGCGACCUACGAGAGAGGAGACUGCUGCAAAAAAGAAGAAAACCAAGACGGCGCCAAUUUCCUGGAUUUGGGCAGCAGGCGGGCAGGCCGACGGGGUUGAACUUCAUGACUCUAUGCGUGUCGAGUGGGCAAAAGCACGUGCACGGAAGGAACGCUGGAACGAGGAGGUUGAAUUGUUGCGAGAGGAGAUGAAGCGGGUCAUGCGAUCAUUGAAGUGGGAGGCUUCAGAAUGGCAAAAACGAGCCGACGAAGUUCGUUCAGACGUUGAUGGAACGACGGCGGCUGGAAUCCGAGCUUAUGCGCUGCGUAACGUGUACCUGCAUACUGAAUUUAUAGUGCGCUUUCGAGAGGAGUGGGACAAAACAAUGGGAGCUGCUGUCCGUCAUUGGGCAGCAGAGGAGGAGCGGGAAAUAUUAGAGGGAACAUUUAUGGCAGAGGGAAUGUAG